AUGAAGGAAGUGGCUGCUGGAGCUGGCUGCAAGGCCGCAUUGGCCGCAGGGCUGCGAUGUGGCGUGGCUGGUGGAGCUGCAACGAUGUUCUCAGCCGUGGGGCCGAGAGUGAGGAAAGUGGUGGCUACGAGAUCCUGUGGCGUCGUGGAGGAUCGAAUCCAUCGCGGAUUGAGUUGUUGCAGAGGUCUUGCUCCUUGUGCGCUUGCUUCCAACCAUGGUUGUUUGGAAGGCAUCGGUUGA